AUCAAAACGACGAGUCGCUCCGCAAGUGGAAGGAGUCUCUGGGCAUCGGUUCUGGUAACACUCUUUCGGACCCAAAUGACCCGCGUACCGUCAUCAUUCUCUCCCUUGGCCUUGAGGUUGAGGGCCGUCCUGAUAUUAUUAUUGAUCUCUCCGCUCCCGGUGCUGUUGAUCAUUUGAAGGAGAAGCCUUUCUCAAUCAAGGAGGGAGCUCAGUUUCGUAUGAAGGCCACCUUCAAGGUCCAGCACUCGAUUCUGUCUGGCCUGAAGUACAUUCAGGUUGUCAAGAGAAUGGGUGUCAGCAACAAGAUGCAGGAGAUGAUUGGCAGCUACUCCCCCAACACUUCCGAUAAGCCUUUCUAUGAGAAAAAGUUCGAGCCUGAGGUGGCUCCUUCGGGCAUGAUCGCUCGUGGACACUACACCGCUGUUUCCAAGUUCAUUGAUGAUGACAACCAGACGCAUCUCAAGUUCGAGUGGGCGUUCGACAUCAAGAAGGACUGGUAG